AUGAGUCACAAUUCAGCACAGCGUGCCAUUAGACAAUGCCCCGAGAAUGGUGUUCUUGCAUACACCACAACAUGGUAUUAUCCCGCAGAGAGCCCUAACUUCACCAUCUGCUCAAGAUGCUAUACCGAUAAGAUCGGCCACACACCAUUUGCAAGUCAAUUCAGAUCUAGCAUGUUGCCCUCGGAUCCAAAUAGACACUGUCUUUGGAACACAAAGCGUGUAGAGUCUCUACUCGGAUAUGGCUUAAGCAACAAUACAUGGGAGCCCAUACGCCAAUAUAUGAUCCACCGACCCAAAAUCCAGCAUUGUACAGGACCACGUACACCCAUCUCUUUAUCUUCGACUACUGGUCGUUAUCGCUGGUAUCGACCCCUGAACUCGGAAAUUGAAGGCUUUGUCUGCUGCGAAGGGUGUUAUGAGGACUUGGUAUCGGCAACCAGUUUCCGGGAUAGGUUUAUACUCGACAGUAAUGUCGUCAACCAUGGCAACCAGGCUACCUGUGACAUGUGCGUCCCUUUUAUAAAGAAGUGUCUAUUGGAACAUGCUCCGACCCAGAAUUGGACUACUUUUGUGGAGUGGACGAGUGCGAGACUGAAAAUUCCAUCUUGCAAGGACAUCCAGGGAAAACCCUGCUCCUCUACACUUUGGUACAUGCCUCUUCCACCAAUUCACAAUCUUGUGAUUUGUGGUGAAUGCUACCAUGACGGCGCCGAUCUCACCCCAUUGGCAUCGAGCUUCUCGCAAAUUCAGAUUCCUCCCAAUCGACGACAUGAAGUGUGGGAAUGCGCAAACUCCAUUAAGGUACUAGCAAUGAUGGUCACCUGGAACGAAGCGUGCGACAAGAAAAAUCUGCAGAUAUGGCAAAACGCAGCACGAAUAGUCCCGACCUUGCCUCCAUGCACAAAAGAAGGUAUUAGAAAUGUGAAAUGGUAUACUCUCAGCGGAUGCCCUAAUUUUGCAAUCUGCGGUCGUUGUUUCAUCGGAAUUGCGCAAACGUAUGGAAUGGACAGGUUUUUCCAACAGACCAAUGGUCCGACAAAUGGCUCGGUUUUUGUUUGCGAUUUUCAUCCGGAGAUACCUCGAUCACAUAGUUACUAUGGGAAGUUUGACGAGGCAAUAGCUCUUCAAGACUUCUCUAUCUUCCACAAUUUCGUCGCGAGAGUCUCCUGUCUGCCAGUUUGUCCAAAAGAUUCUCCGUAUCGCAAUCGUCGAUGGUACUGUGGCGACGAUGCCACCAUCUGCGAAAGUUGUUACGAAGAAGCUAUCCGAGGCACAAGUCUUGCUUAUACUUUGACUUUGCAAGAACGUCCCGGCGAGUGUAUAUGUGACUGCUAUACACCCCGAAUGCGAGGUUUAUGGCACAAAGCCUGUGCCGAAAACGACAUUCAAUCAUUCAACGCAGCCCUUCGCCAACGAAUGCAAGUAUACCAAGCGACAGUGCCGCGAAUGCGCCAGAUUCUUGCAAUUACUAAGAUGAGAGCAAAUACACAAGCUACCCUAUUCAUGUCGUCUAUCAUGCUUCAAGGAGCGAAUAAUAUUGUCUCAGCAUCGGCGUCACAUCACCCUUACCAAUAUGGGAAUGCACAAUUGGGAUGGUGGGACACUCCUGUAGGCGCUCAGGGUGCAGCGCAGUUUCAACAGGCUGUGAGUAUGAACAUUGCCCCUACCGGAGACAUGGCCGAGAUGACACAGUUAGGGGCUAUUUGGAAACAAUAUGAAUAA